AUGGCCUCUGCCGCGGCCAGACCGUCCACCAUGUCCCUGAAUGCCAAUGGUCCUGCUGCGAAGAGGAAGACGGCCCCGCGAAGCGAUGGUGCAGAGCCCGAAGCCUCGUCCAGCCAAGUCGCGCAUACUCUCACAGCGUGCACUCGAUGUAGACAGGUGAGAGGAGGGACAGCACGAGAACCAACGACACGCGAGAUUACUGAUCUCGUGCCUCUAGCGCAAAACCAGAUGCGAUCCAGGACUACCGCGCUGUACACCUUGCGAACGAACGAAUUCCAUCUGCGAAUACUACGACUCGAAUCGGGGCCACAACGUCAAUCGAAACUAUGUCGUCUAUCUUCAACACAAGGUUCGAGAGCUGGAGGAGGAGCUUGACAAGGCCGAGAACGAAGACGCGGCAGAAGAUCCGGAAGCCAUGAUGCGAGGGGGAAAAGUACAGAUGCACGAGACGAGCGAGUCCAAAUACUUGGGGCCCUCCAGCGGCAUUGCAAUCACACGGCUGGUCAUGCAGCUCGCCAAGCAAUUCACCGAUGCCAAGAGUAUCAAGGAUGUUGUCCCGGAGCAGCGAGCUCGCCAGAUCAAGGAGCUCUACGCUCAGGAGCAGGCGAAGCCCACCUCCAAGAUUUACCCCUUGAUCAGUGAUGUUGCCGCCGUGGACUUGCCGAACAGAGCGCUGACCAACUUGCUGGUCACGCUCUACAAAUUGAAGACCCAACCAUUGUAUCCCGCUCUGCACGAGCCAACAUUGGACAGGGACGUGGAUGCCGUCUACCUCAAUCAGGCAGAAGCGACCCCAUACCAGAAUUUCGUCUGUCGAAUGGUCAUUGCGAUCAGCCUGCAGAAGAUGGACACGCAGUACGCAGGCUUGGCAGACAGCUAUUAUCUUGCGGCUCUGAAACACCUAGAGCCAGUAGUACGUCCCAUGGACCUCAAAACACUCCAGUGCUUCGCUCUCAUGGCCGAGUACUCCAUGCUGACUCCCACACGCACGGCCAUCUACUAUGUCGUAGGGAUCGCGGUGCGGCUUGCACAAGCGCUUGGCUUGAAUGAGGAGAAGACCAUUACACGCGGGCGUGCAAAUGGCUCUGUUGAUUAUCUCGAAGUGGACAUGCGUCGAAGACUCUUCUGGUGCGUAAUGGUCAUGGACUGGGGACUGGCGCAUUCGAUUGGGCGACCUUCCAUGCUGGCAACGUUACAAGAGCAUAUCGACGUGGGCUGGUUCGAGACAUGUGACGACCGGUACAUUACUCCCGAGGGAAUCGAUCCGACAGCUCCACGGCCUACGCUGAAGAAGUGGGUCGCAAUACACUUUUUCAAGAUGCGACUAUUGCAGCUCGAGAUCAGGCGAAAGCUGUACCAGCGUAAGAGAACAGAGCCGAAAGACGACAGCGACCCGUGGUUCCAACAAAUGGACGCGAAGCUGGCAGCUUGGCGAGACGCGUCUCCUUCCCAGGACGAAGGCGCCGGACUCGACAAGGUCUGGUUCAUUGGCCGGUACAACACCAUAAUCGUCUUUCUCUACCGGCCUUCUCCGCAAGUACCGCGACCAAGUCUGCAGGCAGCUCUGAAGUGCUUCGACGCGUGCGAGUACAACAUCUACAUGCACCGGGAGCAGAUCAGCAGAGGGAACGUGGACUUGACUUGGAUCUUCACGCAAUCGCUUUUCAUGGCCAUCAACACUAUGCUGUGGUCACUCAGCUAUAUAGAGGUCCGGCGGAGACAUAAACGCCAAGAUGUGGAGAAGCACUUUGACAUGGCCAUGGAGAGCAUCCAACUUGCUUCGAACCGAUGGCCAGGCGUCGCAUCUGCGGUUGAGCUUUACCGCAAUCUUAUUGUCGCCAUCAUGAAGAUCUAUGAAAAGGUAGGGGCGCCCUUGUCGUGUCAUUCAUUGGGUCUUCAUUCCACCAACCCCCUCGAAGUCGCUUAUCCGGGGCUACAAAACACUGACAUCUUCCAGGAUUCCGACGUGCCUAUAUCAGCAAACACCCCUUCGGACACGUAUUCGCCUGGUUCCACGUUUCCCGAUGGUCGCUCUAGCGCGGCAAGUCCGGCGACUGCUAGUAGCCAGUCUGUCGCAACUCCGCCGGAGAGACUCAACGCUCCCUCGGGAUACAUCAAUCAGCGAUCUCGACGCAGCGUUGAGGAGCCGCCUCCAUUGCCGUAUCGUAGCGAAUCCGGUGGACGCUCCAGUGCUCAGGUAUGCGUUGUAGUCGCGAUGGGUGGCCGCACUUGCUGACUUGGAACAGACGCCUCCGGCGCUGCAAACGACGGGUCACAGGCAGAGCAGCUCGGAAUCUGUCCCGACACUACGAAACAUGCAUCACUAUUCCUCAUCACAACACAUGCGAUACGGCACCGGCGCACAAUUCAAUGCGCUUCCGGAAUUCACGCCUGACCUGACCGUUCCUGGCUGGACGGCGGCGCAGCAAGCACCCAUGACGUUCGCACAAGCGCCAAUGCAGCCGAUGGAUGCGUACGCGAAUCAAGCAUUCGACCCGAACCAUUCGGCGUACCCAUUCCCCGGCACAUUCGAUCCCGCUAGCCAAGGCGAACAACCGUACAUGCCACAGUACUGGGACAUGGACACUGGCGUGUUCGGAAGCGGACUCAACCAGAUGCAGCAGGAAGAACUGAUGCAUUCGCUGGAGACGGACGGAAUGGAAGACAUUCAGAGUAUGAUCUCGCAUACUCUUGCAGCCAUUACUCCCAAGCAGACGCAAAAUCCCACCUUCUGA